GCACAUCACAAAAUUGUGUACACAGCAAAAUUAAUAUUUUAGUUUGUGUGUUUUUAAGUAAUUUACACAUAGUUGUUAUAUUUAUUUUACAAUAUCCGGACAAUGCCCGGAGUAACACUAAGUGGUGAAAGUAUUGACUCGGAGAACGGGGAAUGUCAUGACAGCCAAUCAAAUGUUGAUGACAAAGUCUCGAAAGUUGAAUCCAAUGAAGGCGAAACGCGCGACGAGGCAGAGGCUGAGAAAAAUGAUAUCUGUCCAUAUCGAGAGGGCGUAGAGAUGAAACUACAACCCAAGGCAGUCAGGGUGGCAUAUAUGAACUACUUGCGGGACUAUCAACACUAUUUUCGCCAGCUCGAUGGCAGGGAUAUGUUGAAAAAUGCAGCAAUAUUGUGGAAUAAAUUGAACGAUAGCCAGCGGAAGCUCUUUAACGAUGAAGAUUAUGAGUAUGGAAAGACGAUGCACAUGUUAUACGACAGCAGCAGCGGUGAAAACAAGGAAGAGAGCGGAAGCGAUGGGAAUGAAGAGGGAAAAAAGGACGUAGAAAAUAGUCAGGUUACUGAUGAGAAUUCAUAUAGUAAUGUGUUUUGUCAGCACAAGCAGUUCAUCGAUGGUUGUUGUCCGGUUAAAAGGAAAAAACCAGCUUGCAGGAAGAAACCGGCAUGCCCAAAAAAAAGAAAGCCGCGAUGCCCCAGACCAAAACCGCGUUGCCCCAAACCCAAGCCGAAAUGUCCUAAAAAAAGAAAACCCCGUUGCCCCAAAAAGAAGAAGCCACGUUGUCCAAAACCAAAGCCGCGUUGUAAGCCCAAAAAGAAACCGGCUUGUAAGCCAUGCUGUGGAUAAUAAACGACAUAGAUGCUAUCAGAGUGAAUAAUGUAAUGGCUAAGCUAGACCCUCGAAAACUUCUAUUCAAUUCUAUAGCUAUCCCCAACAUAUUUUAAAGUUCUAAGUGGUGAAGUUUUUAAAACCUAGAGACUUAAAAAACUAACUGCCAAUUAAUGCUCAAAACUGCAGUUGAAUUAAAAUCUCAUUAUAAAACCA